AUUAGCAUUUUCUCAUUCAACCAGAAACAAAAAAAAAAAAGAAGGAGAGAGAGAGAGAGAUGGCUUCAAGAACCAUUACCAAAGAUAUCAUCACACUUCGGGGCUCGGCCGCCAUUGUCAGCGAAUUCUUCGGUUAUGCAGCAAACAGCAUUCUAUACAAUCGGGGCGUCUAUCCAGAAGAAAGCUUCGCCAAGGUGAAGAAAUACGGGCUUUCCAUGCUGCUGACGCAGGACGACGGCGUCAAAUCCUUCAUUACCAACCUUACCUCUCAGUUAUCAGAAUGGUUAGAAGGUGGGAAAUUGCAGCGGGUUGUUCUUGUGAUAAUGAGCAAGGCCACUUCUGAGGUUAUGGAGAGAUGGAAUUUCAAUAUUGAAACAGACAAGGAGGUUGUCGAGAAGGGAGUCUCAAGGGAAAAGAGCGAUAAAGAAAUCAUGAGAGAGAUCCAAGCCAUCAUGAGACAAAUUGCAUCCUGCAUUACCUAUUUGCCAUGCCUCGAUGAACCCUGCUUGUUCGAUGUUUUAGCUUAUACAGAUACAGAUGUGCCUGUUCCAUUCACUUGGAUUGAAAGCGACCCAAAACUGAUAACGAACCCACAAAUGGUUAAACUGCAUUCUUUUGAUACCAAGAUACACAAGGUUGACACGCUGGUAUCAUACAAGAACGAUGAAUGGGAUGAACAGUAAGCAUUCUUAUCCAUUUCUUUCCUCAUCCUUGUAGUUUUUUAUGAGUCUCUUGCUGCUGUGAAUCAUUUAUUCACAUUUUGUAGUUGAAAAGAAAUGGAUGGAAUGGAACAGUUUCUGUGGUAUGAGAUGUUGUAAUGGAUGUUAACUAACAAGGAAAUGAAGAUGUGGGGCAUGUGUUGCUCCUUUUUCUAUAAUGUUAUAUUUUUCUUUUUUGCUGCGUUUGGUUGCACCAAAUAUCAUGAAAAUUCAAGAUAUUUAAAUAACAUGAACUUUCAUGAUAUUUGGUGCAACCAAACGCAACUCUAAGUUUAGUAAUUUGAAGCUGUCAAUCCCUCACCUUCUGGUGUGUUCGCAGUUGAUUGUAUGAUGGGGGAUACUCCAAAAAUUAGCCCCAUGAGAUGAGAUGAUCCUAACUGGGUCUGCUGUGUAUAUAGACUGAAAAUGCAAGCAUUGAUUUGAAUUAUCCAUUUCCAAUCCAA